CACCUGUCUGCACAUGUCAGCUCGAUGACCACUGCACUGCACAGCUUCCACUUGCUGUAUGAAAUGACCCCAUGAAAGGGUUGCCUCUCUGCAGCCUGGGCACUGGGGAAGUCAAGGCCCUGGCCAUGGGAGGCAGGCACCCUCCUGUCUGACAGGUGUUCAGCCCUCCCCCUUUGUCCUUUGUAUACACACACACAGGCCAUAUUCAAGUCACAGAGGGAAGAGGGUGAUUAUCUCAGGGCUCAUUUCCCUAGCAAAUCAAUCUGCAGCUGUCAGCCAGAGCAAAGGGCCGUCGGAGCAGGGCCCUGCCUCCGUAGGCCCAGCCGCUGGCAUGGAGCCCACUGAGCGACCCAGGCACUGGAGGGGAGUUCUGCGCUGCCAGCUAUGCUACCUGCUGCUAGGCACCUGUUCUGGGCUGACAGUGACCGUGCCCUCGGCCACGGUCCAUGGCGUCCGGGGUCACGCGCUCUACCUUCCAGUGAUCUAUAGCUUCCAGACCCCAGCCUCAGACGUCCAGAUCAUAUGGCUGUUCCAGAGGCCUCGGACCACUCCCAAAUACCUGCUGGGCUCGGUGAACAGAUCUGUGGUCCCCGAUCUGGAGUACCGGCACAAGUUCGCCAUGAUGCCGCCCAACGCCUCCCUGCGCAUCCAGCCGCUCCAUUUCAGCGAUGAGGGCACUUACAUCGUCAAGGUCAAUGUGAACAUGCGAGGAAACGGGACUGUGUCUGCUCACCAGAAGAUUCUCGUCACUGUGGAUGAUCCUGUGACCAAACCCACCGUGCACACUCACCCUUCCUCUGGGGCCGUGGAGAACGUGGGCAACUUGACGCUGACAUGCGUGGUGGGCACAGGCACACGGGUCACGUACCAGUGGCUGAAAGAUGAGAAGCCGGUGCAAGCCGGCACGACCUACAUCUUCUCUCUCAACCGCAGCAUCCUCCACAUCGCCCCUGUGACAAAAGCCGACAUUGGGGAAUUCCGCUGCCUGGCAAGGAACGCCGUCAGCGAGAUGUGGAGUGAAGCCCUGGCGCCCGUCAUCUACUAUGGACCUUAUGGACUCACAGUCAAUUCUGACCGAGGCCUGAGAGUGGGAGAGGUAUUCACUGUUGACCUUGGGGAGGCUGUCCGGUUUGACUGCUCUGCAGACUCCAAUCCCCCCAACAUUUACUUGUGGAUUCAGCGGGACAACAAUUCCACCCAGGUGAUCGAGCACGGGCCGCACCUGGAGGUUGCUUCAGAGCACAUGGGCCGCAGCACCGAUUACACGUGCUGUGCCUAUAACAACAUGACUGGGCGGAGAGGAGAGGCACGCUUCACGGUGAUCAUCACAUCUCUAGGACUAGAGAAGGUCACCAGCAAAGGCAAAUCAUCCUUGGCCAUCAUCACGGGCAUCUCCGUGUUCCUGAUCGUCGCCAUGAGCAGCCUCUUCUUGUGGAAGAAGUGCCGACCUUACAAAAUCAUCCACCAGGGGCGCACAGGCAGGUCAGAAUCCGAAUACGGGAAAGCGCAAACGUUUUCAGGCCACGAAGAUGCCCUGGCUGACUUUGGGAUCUAUGAAUUUGUUGCCUUUCCGGAGCCUUCCACUGCUCCCAGGAUACCCAGCAGGCCCAUUUGUGGCUCUGAGUGGAGCCCCCGGCAGGAGGUCCACGGCACCAUAUAUGAAGUUAUCCAGCACGUCCCUGGACAGGAGCAGCAAGGCCAUCCAGAGUAACUGGGAGCCUAGGAGCCGUGGUCAGGCCAAAAAAAGGCAGCCACAGCCCACAGCCAUAUUCUGCCCCAGAAACUCAUUUCUAGUCUGGGGCACAUCCCAGCUGUGGCAUCAGGGGGAGACCCUGUGAGAACAGCUACGGUGCCUUCAGGGCCUCCAUCGUGGAGGCCAGCUACCCCACCCCCGACUUCAACCCCUCCAUCCUCCAUCCUCCCGAACAGACCAGACUCAUCCAGACGUUCAUCUACGGGGUGGAGACAUGGCCACCACGCCUGCCACUCCCCUGACUUUGAUGUUCCCUUGUGCUGAGUAAUUAAUCCAUGCCUGAAAAUGCCAGGGGAAUGGGCUGCAGUUUUAGCUUGGUGGGUGGGGACCCAUCACUGUAGGUGGGAAGGAGAAACUUCUUCAUUGUCCCAAGGUCACAGAUGCCAUCCUGUCUAAAAGCUUUGACCCGAGGUCAUUCUAGGGUGGGCACUCUGAGGUAGAUGGACAGUCCCACCUGGACUGGUUCCCGGACCCCAAGCCCUAACCCAAGGUGGGUGACGGCCUGCUCCUUCCUUGUCUAAGUCAAGGCUGCCUCCUUCCCCAGAGUCCUCCUCCCCUACUCUUCUCUCUUCUUUUCAUUCUCUUUCCACCCCCAAGAAGCUGUUCCUGUUGCCUGAGAGAAUAGUGGAGUGACAACUCUGUGUCACUCCACUCAUUACAGGUGAUUCACGUGGAGAACCAGGGAAACAUAGCCAGCAAUUGUAAAGUCUUGGGCAAAAAACCAAGCCUGCCGUCUAAGGGCACAGCUGAUGUUUUCAUCACCCUGGCCAAUUAAAAGUCAGUUUCCAAAGAGAAAGGAAGUUGGGGAAAUCAAGAAGGUUUCUAAUAAUGAGAUCUGCAUUUGUGGCUCUCAGUUUAAAACUUAGAAAUCAUAGCUGUGGUCAGGAAUAGGAAAUGCCUAAAAAGGGCUGGUAUAAAUAGAUUUACUUGGAGUCUUGCACAUCUGUUCUGCCUUCAUGGCUUUGCAAUGAAGACUGAAGGAAUUAUACUUAUCUGCACAUACAUACCAAGGGAAACCUGUCUCUCCUGGCUUCGUCUGAAUUCCUUCAUGGGAGCCUAAAGCCUUUCCCUCUGGGCAUAGGGAAAUUCUGUUUACCUUUUCUGUGGUGUUGUUUUAAAUGUCUGAUUUGUCUUUAUGGACACUACACCAAUGGUGUCCUUGUUGGGAGUACUGUAAGAAGGAGGCAACCGAAGGGGAAACAUCCUCACAGAGGAGAUCAAGACAGAUCUAAAACUGUUUUUUUUUUUUUUGUCAAAAGCUCUGUCUCUGGCUGGGGACUUGGAGCUAAAAAAAGAAAAAGAGAAUUAUCUAUCUUUGAUACUUCUUCCCAGAGUGGAGAAAGAAAAUUUUUACUGGGAAAUCACUCUGGAAAAUCAAUCAGGAGAAGGGUGAAGGGCAAAUAGGAGUUCUUGAACAGCUGUGAUCACCACAUCAUCUCUUUCAUGCUGCUUCCUACUCAUGAGAAGAAAUCUAGGAAUCUGAGGAGAGCUUUGUUAAGGAGGAUUAAUGAAGGGAGAAGCAAAAGUAACAUUAUCAUGGCCAUAGACUACAGACCACACAGGCAGAAAGAGGAAAUAGAUGAGUUCAGAAAACAUCACAGAUCCAGUAUGGAGUGAGUAUAGUGACAAGAUACAUCCAUUAUUCAGACACAGCGUCAGAGACCAACUGUCUCCUUUUGUAGAUGAGGAAGCAGAAGCCGUGGCAGGCAGAGCCAGGAUUUGAAACAAGUUGCUUUGAUUCUCAGGCUUUAUGAGUGUGCAGAGCUUCUCUCUGCCAAAAGCAUGAUGCCUUACCUUAUCAAUAAGGUCACCCUUUGGAAGACAGAUGAUAGAUAGGCCAAUGGACCAUGUAUUGAGUGUUUACUAUAUGCCAAGCACUCAGGAUGCAAAUCCAAGCAAGGCAGUUUCUGUCCUCUAGGACAGUGGUGACAAACUCCAAUCCAGAUAAUUCUGUGGGCCACAAAUUAACUUAGAAAACCACCAAUUAAUAUGAUCUCUGUUGAAUCAUAUUUUUCUUUAUUUUGUUAGACAUUUUCCCAUGACAUUCUAAUCUGGAGUUUGGGGGGCCUGUGGGCUAUGGGUUUGAUAUGAGUUGACAUCUCUGUAUAGGAGAAGACACAUGAACAGAAGCCAGGAAAGGGAGGGAGGGUGUGAGACUGUGCAUACAGCCCCUCGGUUUGGACCUGGUGGCUGGGAAGCAAAGGAGAGGAUUGGUUCUGGGAACAAGGAUGUAAAGAGACCUCAGCUUUCACGCUUCCAGGGUGGAGUCCAAGUGUCUUGUAUGGAAGAGAUGGGGAUGCAGGCUGGAGUGGAAGCUGAGGAAAAAAACAGGGGAUUGUCUCUGACAAGGAAGGUCAGGGCACUGGGAUGGAAAAGAUGGGACCUUUGGCUAGAAGUGACCAGUCCGGAGAGCUGGGCAUAGUGGGACAUAACCCUGGAUAUUGGGAGAGAUGUGUUCACAGAUGACUUUUCUAGAUAGGAAGGAAAUACAGGGUGCCAGGGCUUAAGAUUUCACAAGAGACGUGGUCACAUAUGGGAUAGAUAGCUUUCAAGAAUGCAGUUUGUUGGGUUUUUUUUGGCUAGGCAAUGGGGUUAAGUGACUUGCCUAGGGUCACAUGGCUAG